GGACAUGUCUCGUCUUACCGUCCAUAAUAAUGUGUGAGAAGUCACCCACAGUCAUUUGUCUGAGCUUCACGCUGUUUCGGCGGAUGUCUGUUGCUUUCCCUCACAUAUGUAAAUGAGCCACACGAGCUGUCGACACCUUUUACAGGCGCGUGCAGCUCACACCAGUCUGGGCAGCUGCACGUGCCCGCAGAUGAAUGAAGGGUGUGUAUGGCUGCGUUCAUCUUGUUGUCAAAGUGUGUCCACACAGAUCAUUAAGAAAAAGUAUAAAAUAAAUCAAAGAUCUAUUUUUUCAUUUCUAACUUGAUUUGAAUGUUUGAACAAUAUUUUCCACUGAUGUGACUCUAAACUUUGAAACUGGAGGAAAAAGAGUCACAACAAAGUCUGCUUCACUUGUAACUGUGAAUAUUUUACAGACAUUAACGACUUACAUAAAACUGAGUUUAGUUUCAUCAUGGAGUGAAGUCACGUCUGUGGUGGGUGGAGCCUAAAGUUACGCCCACCUCCGGCUUAAAGGCCCUCACUGAAGGCUGAGAGGUCACAUUCAGCUUCGACUGAAAGUCCGACAGAGCUGCAGUUACCGCCGGACUGUUGUUGGAAUACAAUCAUGAAACUGAUUCAGGAUUCAGAGGACGCAAAGGCCCAAAGAAAGAGUCUCAAACCUCAGGUGGAGAGACGUCGAAGAGAGAGAAUGAACCGCAGCCUGGAGAGCCUGAAGACUCUUUUGCUACAGCAACAGGAAGCGACUCAGCGCAGACUGGAGAAAGCUGAGAUACUCGAGCACACAGUCCUCUUCCUGCAGAACACUGCGACGGGAGACACGACGAGAACUGAAGGUGGUGGUGGAUGCCAGAGACAGUCCUUCCAAGACGGUUUCUCCACCUGUCUGAAGAGAGCUUCUCAGUUCCUGGGACCUGAAGGGAAAGGCCUGUGGCUCGGAGCAGCACUGGAUGCAUCUUUCGCUACUCGCUUUUCCCGUUCAGACUCUGACUCUGCAGGAGUCCAAAGAAGAACUGAAGCUCAGUCCUCCUCCAACUCUCUGCUUUUCAGGAACUCCUCCAGGUCCAUUCUUCGGUCGUUGAUGCACAGGUCCGGUCACAAAGCGUGCACGCCUGCCCUCAGUGCGAACCGUGGAGUCUCACUUCGCUCUCCCACAACUCCCCAGCAGCCCCACAAAGCGGCGAGUCGAGCGAGCAAACAGAGCCCGUCCCAGAGCCAGCCGCUCAGCCAGUCACUGUGGAGGCCGUGGCCCUGAGCUCCACGCAGUGACUCCACAAACUGAACUUUUAAUGACUCUGACAUGCUGACCAAGAUUCACACAGCAGCACGUGUUGUUCUUUUGACUUUCUGCAAAAGUCUGAUACAUUUGUAAAUGUAUACUGUAAAUUUAUUAUGGUCACACCAAGUGCUGCUCCAGCCUUUACAGGCCAACUCCUGUCCACUGUGUCAUCGAUGAUGUAUUUUUGCACCUUAAUUUAUUUUAUUUGUCAUUUGUAAAUAAACAAAAGGAAAAAUC